CCAGCGGUUACGUCGCGCCACGGCAACCUGGAGCUUGGGCUUCCACCACCACCACCACCACCAUCGACGGCUUACGCUCACGAGCAUCACCAGUUCAAUUGCCGACACAAAGCAAAACAUCGCAUCACACCAACAGCGGACAGUGGACUGUCGCAGCCUAACAAAGAGAAAUAUUCUAUUAAAGACACCGGCCCCGCGCUAUCUCGACUGCCGCCGCCACACGACACAUAAUCACCACCCCGCCUACGCAUCAUCCAUCGUCCGCCCGUCUCCCUCCAUUACUCUUCAACCAUGGCUGCUGGCGACUCGAGCCGCAUCCAAGAGGCCCAGGAUGCCGUCAAGACAGAUCCUCGCAAGGCAGAGCAGAUCUACAAGGAGAUUGUCUCCAAGGCCCCGGUCUCCUCCUCAGACGCCGCCACGCGCGAGUACGAAACCGCUUUAAUAAACCUCGGCGAGCUCUACAAGAAUGAAAAGAAACCACAAGACCUCGUCGAACUCGUCCGCCAGAGCAGAGAUGUGCUCUCGUCCUUUGCAAAGGCAAAGUCUUCCAAACUUAUCCGCCAGCUCCUCGACCUCUUCAAAGACAUCCCCAACAGCACCGACAUCGAAGUGGCUGUCACAAAAGACUGCAUUGAGUGGGCUACUGCCGAACGCCGAGCCUUCCAGCGCCAGGAUCUGGAAGUCCGUCUUGUCGCCCUUCACAUGACCAAGCAGGCAUACUACGAUGCUCUCACUCUUAUUAACGGCCUGCUGCGCGAACUCAAGCGCCUUGACGAUAAGCUGCGCCUUGUCGAAGUCCAGCUGCUCGAAUCCCGUGUAUACCACGCCCUCGGUAACAUUCCCAAGGCUCGCGCUGCCCUCACAAGCGCACGCACCAGCGCCGCCAGCGUUUACACCCCCCCGCUGCUGCAAGCCAACCUCGAUAUGCAGAGUGGUAUGCUUCACGCUGAAGAUAAGGACUUCAACACGGCAUUCUCCUACUUUAUCGAAGCUCUCGACGGAUACCACACUCAGGACGAAUCGUCCAAGGCACAGGCUGCUCUGCAGUAUAUGCUUCUCUGCAAGAUUAUGCUCAACCUUGUCGAUGAUGUCAACCAGCUCAUGACGUCCAAGCAGGCUGUCAAGUAUGCUGGCCAGAACCUCGAGGCCAUGAAGGCCAUUGCUCGUGCACACGCCAACCGAUCCCUUGAGGAGUACGAGACAGCGCUGUCGUCGUACCGCUACGAGCUUGGAAGCGACGCCUUUAUCCGCAACCACCUACGUCGUCUCUACGACGCUAUGUUGGAGCAGAACCUGAUCAAGGUCAUUGAGCCCUUUUCUCGUGUCGAAAUCGAUCACAUUGCCAAGAUGGUUGGUCUUGACACCCAGCAAGUUGAGCGCAAGCUGUCGCAAAUGAUUCUUGACAAGGCCAUCAUUGGCGUUUUGGACCAGGGCGCCGGCUGCCUCAUCAUCUACGACGAAACACAGAGGGACGAGUCCUACGAUGCCGCACUGGCAACUAUUGAAAAGCUGAGCAAUGUAGUCGAUGUACUCUACACAAACCAAGCCUCUCAGCUUGAAUAAAAGAACAACGGGCUCUGGCAUGAACAUGAUUUGUAUUGUAAUUAGGUUAUCCAAGGCAACGUUGGCGUUCAAGAAGGACUCAGAUAACAGACCUGCUGCCCCCUCUUUAAUCUUCUCUUUCCCUCUAACACUGUGACUGCUUGUUCUCCAUAUUGAUUCAAAAUUCCAUGGUAUAUUCAAACUCCGACAGGCUUUGGUAUCUGUAAAUAAUAAUAGCUUGUAGCUGGCUAAAAACAACAGCAAACAACCUUGGAACACCAAUCUGAAUAGUAAAAAACACAAGUUUCCAAACGCCGCAAUUGUAUGCAAGUCUCCUCCCCAUAUGUCCAUAUGUCGUUUCAAACCCUUCCAACCAAAAGUAUACACAAAAACAGCGUACAAUCCAAAAAUAGGAUAAAAACGCUAACAAAUUCAAUGGAACAUGAGUUCCUGCGUCUGACUCUGGGUUCUUCUUUCUUCACCAAGCAGUAGCGCAAAUAGUCUCUUAAUGAGAUAUCCAACUUCCCAGCCGCCAACUUCCUCCGUAAACGCAUCCACGCAAUCAAGAUGCCACCUCUCCAGCGCCAUCGCCAUGCCCUGCGCUCGCACAACCUUGCCGAGAUACCUGUCUGCCGAUCGAUCAUACGGCUCCUCAAACGGUGCCCCCCGGCGCGUCUGGAUAAGCCAGUCGAGGAACAACCAGUGCUGUCUCGUCCAUGUAGUCUGGGACAGCGGCACCGCGACAGAGCGUGCCGAUGAUGCCGCACUGCCAGACGCAGACGCAACCGACUCGCGGUUCUCCUUGUCUGACACAUUGCUGCUGACGCGCGGACCAGACAGGAGAGAAUGGUUCUGAGGCGUCGAUGCAUUGGACAUGCGGCGCUCAUGGCGAGCUUUGGCCUGCUCCAAGGGCGACAACACGCUGCUUGUAAACUCGACCACGCGUCCAGGGGUAUGAGGCUUUAGAGGAGAGCGCAAACUGGACUUCUUGGGCGAUGCGUUCUUGGGCGGAAGGGGGCGUAGGAACGGCUUGACAAAGUCCGUAGACUCGUCGCUUGCGCUGGACAUCUCCUGCUGCCAUCGGCGGAUGUCGUCGUGUGAGAGCUGCAUUCUAGGCGGCGUUGCAGCAGCCGCACGGGCAGAAGAUCCCUGGAAGAAGCUGUUAUCAGUCUGGCGGGUGGAUCGUGGCGUGGUUCGCGGCGUGAAGUUUUGCUUCUGAGCAAUCACGGGAGUUGUUGCUUGUUCUGCGGGCGACUUGGGCUCUGCGACUCGAGGGGCUGGCCGGAUUGAUGGUCGAGGUGGACGGCGCGGUUGCGAUUUCAAGGUUGACCUUGGCUGAACCACAAUCUGAGGUCUUGCUCGAGGAGUCGGUUGCAAGACUGGCUGAGGCGUAGGCUCGGGUUCAGGCUCGGGCUCAGGUUCGACCUCGGGCUCUGGUGUUGGCUCUCGUUCUCUCUCCGGCUCAGGCGUUGGCUCUAAUUCGAGUCGUAGCUCAAGCUCAGGAGACGACUGAGCAGGAUGUUGAACUCGUGGGCGAGGUGUUGAAGCUGUGUCAGACUCGCUAUCGAGUCUGCUCCUUGCCGGGGUCCUUCGUGGCUGCGAAGCCACAGAAGGGAACAUGGACGUCGUCUGGAUCUGAGCCAUUGGUGGCUGUUCCUCCUGAGCCAUGGUUCCACCAGGUGCAGGCCGCGCCAUUCCUGGAAUAAACUUCUCCGCAAGCAUGCCUGGGAUUGCCGCAGGGGACGAAAAGAAAGACGACAGGUCGAACCUGCCUGCCUUGACAGCAGAGCUCUGACCCCUUUCAGCUUCCUCUACAGCUUGGCGGCGGGCUAGAAGCGAGUACUCCUCUCCGUCAGCAGGCUCCAUCGCCGGGUUAAUGGCCUUGGUGGUGGCAGUCAACUGCGAACCCAUGACACCAGAUGAUACAGUUGCCCCUAACCCGGCGAGAUUCUGCCGUGUCUUUCUUGUCCACGGGCUCGGUAUACCGCCACGCUUGCGAGCACUCUGUGUCAGAGUCUUGCUUCCAAACUGCUGUCUGGGAGGGGUAGAUCUGCGCGCCUCAAACUCCCAAAUGUCCGUCUCAUCGUCACGGAUGAUAUUCUCCUCUUGUGUCUGCGCCUGUGUCGGCGCUUGCUCUGCUUGAACACCCUCAUUCUCAUCAGCUGCACUAUCAACUUGAGGAAGAGGUUGGGCUGCAGGUGCCUUUCUUUGCGAUGGUGAACCGUAUGCAUUGCGUAACGAGUUAUCACCUCGCAGCUUAGGACUGAUUGGUCCCUCACGGGCUACCCAGCUCAUAGCAGCAUCACUUGGAGGGGACUGUCUAACCGAACUAGUCUGCGAGAACCUUGGGGAAGCAGUUGUUCGAAUUGGAGCGGCGACUUCAGCGGGGGGAGGAGCAACAGGGGAAGAGAUACUCUUAGGAGACACUCUGUUGAGAUCGAUUUGCAUCUCGUCAUCGACGGGUGCUGGUGCAGACGUAUUGAAAAGAGACCUGCUGGGGCUCCUACUGGCGGUUCGUGCGGCUUGUCGUUCUUUGGAACCGUGUCGAGAGUCUUUACUUCCGGAUCUACGGAAGGGACUUCGAAGAAGUCUAUCGCCUGCAUCUGGUGAAGGGGGGUCUGAUGUGACACUUUGUAGUGCCCUACCAGCUCUAACGGUGGCAGAAAGGAGAGGGCGAAGAUUCCGCUCAUGGAGCUCGUGAACAACAGACUGAGGGUCUUGGACAGGCGAAGACAUCUGGUUCAGAGGAGUGGCUUCCAUCGAGGAUGCAGAUCUGGAUACGCUUCUGCUUGUUUGGCUCUUGACGAUGGGUGUUGAUGAAGGCUGCGCAAUGGUAAUUUGUGGCGGCUGAGUGUGUUGACCUUGAGGGGGAAGAGGAGAUGUGAUUGAUUGUUGGCGUCUAUGUGAUCGGAAGGAGGCUGGAGACUUUGCAGGUAUGGGUAGAGGAAGAGGCUCGUCAUCCGGAGUUGGUGAUCGUGGGUGGAUGUACGGGUGGCGAGCUAUAUCGUCGUAUGACACAGGUGCGUUGUCUGCGCUCUCGCUUGCCUCAUCAUCGUCAUAUAGAUUCACCUCCUCCCGUGCCUCGCUCUCAAGGACAAGCGUUACGGGCUGGUUGGCGUGCUCUGGCGAGUGUGCGUACUCAAUCCCGUUAUUACCCAUGAGCUCGAUUUCAGCUGGCAGCUCGUCAAAGUUGCCUUCAAACUCCUCUUCAGCAGAGGCUUCCUCCUCCAUUGCCUCUACCGCAAUAUCCUCGGGCUCUUCAACGAGUUCACCAGCCCUGACUUCUUGGGCUGGCGCCUCGUCUGCAUCCGCGAGAUAACCAAACGCAUCAGGUGCUGCGUCUUCAUGCUGCUCGUCAACAAGCUCGGCUUCUGCAUCGCCCUUAGCUUCUGAUUCACCAAUGGCGGCCUCUUCCUCAACAUUAUCGUCUUGUGGAUCAAAGGCUUCGGCUUCCAUAUCGGACUCUGCUUCAGGGCUCUCGUCUGCAGCCUCUUCUACCUCGUCGUUUUCGACUUCGUCAUCUUCGACUUCGUCAUCUUCGACUAUUUGGGGUUGAGCCUCCGGUUCGUCAUCGAAUUCAGCGUCGUCAACAACCUGCUCCUCGACUUCAAACUCUGCCGCGUCUUGGUCUUGGUCUUGGUCUUCGUCGAGUUGAUAGUCUUCUCCUUUGGCAUCUCCCAUUUCAACGUCUUCGUCAACAUCUUCUUCAACUUCAACAGUCUGCUGAAAACCAGGAUUGUAGGGCUCAAGAGGUUCCUGAUUAACCUCAUCAUAAUCUUGUUCAACCUCGUUAUCGUCUUCCGCAGCUUGUUCGUCGGAUUCGUAAACGUCGGUGAAUGUUCGCGUCUCCUUUUGUGGCGUUGCUGCAUCCAGCACAUCUUGUGGGAUCUCUGAGAAGGAGUCUUCGUAAGACAGCUGCUCUGGCUCCCUAUCUUGGACAAAGAGGCUCUCUUCGGCGCCCAAGGGUGCUGAUUGAGAUCCACUAUCAGUAUGUUCAUGGGUGCUAACAACAUCUAUUGUCUGAUUUCUCAAGACCUUGUGACGAAGAGGCGACGGCGUAGCAGUCUUUCUUGCGUCUCGCGGCGGUGGGACUAAGAGAGGCUUUGCUGGUGAUCGGCUAGGGGAUUUUCGUGUCUGAGAGGAGCCUCUUGCUGUACGGGCUGAUUGUUGAGGGGAUCGACUAGGAAGCUUCUGUGCUCUAGGAGGAGGCGUAGGACUGGCAGGAAUCUCUCGUUCCAACGGAUUCAUCUCGGCCACGACAUCACCAUCGUCACCAUCUUCCUCCUCUUCUGCCUCGGCACCAGCUUGAUCAUCAUCCGCCUCUUCGUCGUCGGCUGGAUCAUUAAGGAUGUAUUCGUGGCGAUCUUGUUCUUGUUCUUGCUCUUCUUCAAUAGUCUCGACCUCCUGAUUUGUCCCUUUGCGAAUAGAUUCGAGGGUGUUGUUGAUUAUAAUGCUAGUUUCUUCACCAAUAUCGCUGUAUUUUCCAGCAUGGUGGCUUGAAUCAUGAAGCGAAGGAAUAGAAUCCAUAAAAAUCAUACUAAAAUCUUCACCCUGCGCAAUUGUAUCCAUUUCUGCAGGUCGCGUUGGUGUCGGUUCCUCAUCAGCUGACGACACAUCGCUGUGUGCUGGGGGGAAAUAGCCAUAGUCAGCCUCAGAGAAUGGAUCAGCUGCGUUUUGAGUCCCCAGCGACGGUGACCGGGAUGCAGCCGACCUCCUUGUAGGGGUUUGCGAUGCUGUUUGGCGAUUGCGCUCGGAAGCCUUUGGAGUGGCGUCAUUUCCCAUACCAAGCCAAAUGUCCGAAUCGGCAUGGGGAGCUUCCGCUUCGUGAGAUGGUUCGAUGUCGUCUGGCAGAGUGAGAGCCUCUAUUUCGUCCUCUGACGCGUCGUCAAUACCCGGGGCGUCGCUACCAGCAACUUCAUCGGCAAGCUCCUCCAGCUCUUGUGGCAUUAAUGUUUGCCGUCUUCGUCUGCCGCCGCGCAAGGCAGAGCUCAAGUCUUGAUUUGAUAUUGUGCCGAGUUCGCUGGAUGGCUCGCCUAGUUGCUUCCUUGAUCUGCUGCUUCUUCGAGGCGUCGGUGAAGCUUGAGCUGCAUCAUCUGGUACCAAGUUCGACCUUGUGCCUUGGGAUCCGGAGCUGCUUGGUUUUGUUCUGCGUUUUGGAGAGGGUGUCUCUGGUAUAUUCAUUUCUGAUUGAGCCUCGCCUUCAAGCUCUCUGGCCACUUCUUCCACUCUCCGUCGCGGACUCCGGCGAACUGGAGUCCCGGCUCGUCGUUUUGUGCCUGCAGGCGGUAUCGGCGUGCCAUUUGACGUUCGUAGUUUCGUUUUCGGUUGCGAGGGUAUACUGGUUCGGUUCUCUAUGUCGCUAACAUCUUCAGCCAUAGAGUCAUUUAAGCGCACCACGGUUGUAGUAGCUCGCGGCCUCUUCCGGCUCGAGUGAUACGGGCUUGAAGAUACCGGGAAGAGCAAUCGUUGUGUAUCGGCUAGUUCAUCUUCGGACGUCUCGACCGUUGGUAGAAUGUCGUGAGGAGAAUUGUGUACGAGGCUCUUGCGCGGCAGUCUGUGCCUUUCGCCGGAGCUGGGCAUGUCGGUGAAGCGCUGUCCUCUUUGGCUGCGCGUGAUGCGACGCCCUGCGGACGAGAGGAUGGGUUCGAGAAUCGUCGGACCGUCCGAGUCGUUGAGGGGGUCAGGCGAGGACAUUUUGUCGGCAGAGCGCACGUCGGAAUAGCGAACGCUGCGCCUUCGAUGGUUGAGGAAAUCAGGCGCCGAGCCUGAAGUCCUGGAUCUUGACAUGGUCGCGAAGCAAAAAGACGAACGGCAUGGAAUGCGCUUAGCGCGAGCGAGACACCAUUGGGGUCAGGAACGAUGAGAGCAAGCACAAGCAAAGGAAUUAAAGCAAAAGAGAAGAGAUAUGCAAAUGGAGCACACGGCAGCCCAUAUCUCUUCGCUGAUAGAAGGUUCCGUUUUUAGCCUAUGAUGCAAUUUUUUUUCUUCGUUGGAGUCGUUGGGUGGUGAUGUUUACUCUGCAUCCGAUCUGGGCUUAGACGGCGCGACAACUGG